CUUGUUUGCACGGAAUGCGGUUUUUAAGCAUGUAUCUUGUGGUCUAUGGACAUAGAUUCAUACAUAAUAUGGCUACUCCUGUCGUAAAUUAUAUGGAUCUUGUUGACUGGUUAGAAUCCUAUAGCAGCACCACUGUCCAUGGAGGUACAACGACGGUCGACACCUUUCUUCUAAUUUCAUCUAUAUUACUAAGUUACACUUUUUUUGAUAUGACUUCAAGGGGAAUUAAAAUCAAUCUAAUUGUAUUUUAUUUGAGCAGAAAUAUGAGAUUCUUAGUGCCUCUAGCCUUAGCAGUAUCUACUCACGCAACAGUUGCAAAGCACUUUGGAGAAGGACCUUUGUACAACGAUUUAGUAGCCUACUACCAGACUACGUGUGGAUAUUUUUGGUGGAGCAAUUUGUUAUAUUUACAGCCUUUUGUAAAUCCAAGGUAUAUGUGUAUAGCUCCAACAUGGUACUUGAGUGUAGAUAUGUUUUGGUACUAUUUCUCGCCGUUUAUGCUUAUGGCACUUGUCAAAAAUCAAACAUUCGGUUAUACCGUUAUGGCUAUAGUUUAUAUUGGGUGCACAGUAUCAAAUUUUUAUAUUGCCUGGCUAUACAGGUUCAACGGACAGAUGCCAGUUACACCAGGACUUCUAUCGAGUGACUAUUUUGCCUAUUAUUACACCCAGCCAAUUAUCAGAGGUGGUCCCUAUAUUUUGGGAUUAGCCUUUGGACAUGCUUUGUUUACUACAAAAAACCAAAAAGUUAAAAUGUCUGUUUGCACGAAAACUAUGGGUUGGAUUUUAGUAUUGGUCUUAUUACCAACAGUGAUUUUAAUAACUCGCUCGUUUCGUCUAGAAGACUUUGAGUACAAUAGAGUCUUUGCUAGUUUGUUUCUCGCUUGCCAUAGAUCAAUUUGGACUUUUGGGUUAAUGUGGAUUAUAUGGUGCUGUCAAAAUGGAGACGCUGAUUUUCGACUCCCUCGGUGAUAUGGUUGCUAUGGUUAUUUUGGCUAUUCCAUUGACGUUGUGUUUUGAAUAUCCAUUCACUAGAAUGGGUGCACUUAUUUUCAAAGCAGAUGUAGCAGACGAAACUUUGACAAAAACACCUCCUCUCAGUACAACUGAGAAGUUGUACAAACAACCGUGGGAAACGAAAAGGGUUGUUGUUUUACCCCAAAAACAACUGGCAUCCCAAACCGACUUCGGACAAUCGACAAAAAUGACGGACAGAAACAUUCCAGACUUGUACGGCGCCACUUUAGAAGAGUCGGACACUAUUCUAAGCCAAGGCCCAAUUCCUGCGGCAGUAUCAGAAUCCGAUUUUAACGAGCCUGAAGUGCCGCUCGCCGCAACAAGCCUAAAUGCGCCCGACGUAGCGGAACUUGAUUUUCUACGCUCGCUUUUUGCUGAACUUGAAGACAAUAGUAGCUAUCAUGCUGACGCCACAGUGCUGUCGCACUUUCUUGCUUGA